UAUAGGUGUCCCAUUAACUUUUAGAGUCUUGCAACAAUGCGGCCAGAUUUUUUGCUCAUGUUUCUAACAAUUUCCCUGCUGACAGUAAUCCAGAGUUUUGCAGCUUCGCCCCUCAAGAUUCGCUCCGUCAACCUUGGGGGAUGGCUAGUGAUUGAAGGAUGGAUGAAAAUGUCCCUGUUCGACGCCAUUCUAGAAAACAGGGAUCUCCUGGAUGGAACGCAAAUAGCGCUCAAAUCCGUGAAUCUAGGAACAUAUGUUUGCGCCGAGGAUGGAGGAGGGCAGAAAAUGGUUGUGGACAGGCAAAUGGCAUCGGGCUGGGAGACAUUUAAGCUAUGGCGAGUAAGCAGCACCAAAUUCCAGCUCCGUGUCUUCAACAACAACUUUGUCUCGGUGGCUAAUCAGAGCGGCGUGGAUUCAACCAAAGACACUCCGGGAGAAUGGGAAACAUUUGAGAUUCUUCGCAAUCCCAAUAACCCCAAGCUAGUUCAUAUAAAAGCUUACAGUGGCAUGUACUUGCAGGCCAAAGAUGAAAACCAGCUCACUGCCGAUUACAAUGGCGAGCCCGGGUGGGAUAACAACGCUGCCGUUUUCGAGAUGAGCAAUCGAGCCCCUCUUCAUGGAGAGUUUCAACUAGCCAAUGCUUUCGGCACUUCUUCCGCCGCCCAAGUUGUCUUUGCGAAUCAUCGAAACAACUUUGUCACUGCGAAGGAUUUUGAGUUCCUUGCUGCCAAUGGAAUCAAUACUGUCCGGAUUCCCGUUGGAUGGUGGAUAGCGUACGAUCCCAGCCCACCGAAGCCUUUCGUUGGAGGAUCUUUGCAAGCUCUAGACAACGCAUUUACAUGGGCUGGGAGCAACAACAUCAAUGUUAUUAUCGAUCUUCAUGCAGCACCUGGAUCACAGAAUCCCUGGGAGCACAGUGCUAAUCGAGAUGGAGUUUCAACGUGGAGCAAAAAGGAAAACAUCGAUACAACACUCGAAGUCAUCGACUUUCUUGCUUCCAGAUACUCGAGACAUCCAGCGUUGUUGGGCAUCGAGCUCCUAAACGAGGCUCGAAAGGAAGAUGUUAGCCUCGACGUUCUCGAAACUUACUACAAGCAAGGCUAUGAAAGAGUUCGAAAAUACAGCUCCACUGCUUACGUGAUCAUGGGCCAGAGAAUUGGAGCCGAUCCAAUCGAGCUCGUCAACACCCUGAAUGGCUCGACGAAUGUGGUCCUUGACGUUCAUUACUACAACGCCUACACUCCAACCUUCGACGACAAAUCUGUCCAGUGGCAUGUCGAUUAUAUCAACAAUGAGCGAAGAACAAGCAUUGCAAACCUGGAAAAAGCAGGAAACGCUCUCAUUUUUGUUGGCGAAUGGAGCAACCAAAUCAACGUUAUAGGAGCUUCUAAUGAAGACUUCGCAAGGUACGCAACUGCACAGCUGACGGUGUACAAAGAGGCUUCAUUCGGGUGGUCAUUCUGGAGCAUAAGAAAUGAAGAUCAAUCAAACCUCCACUGGGAUUUUGAGAGGUCUGUUCAAACGGGACAGCUUCAGCGUGGAGCCAUAAACUGAAGAUGUAGGACGUCUAAACAGUUUUAAGAACCUCAAAUAGAAUAAAUAAAAGAUAAUGGUCUAGCCGUCAA